AUGGAUGGUCCAGAGCUGAGCUGGCUGGUGAAUCGCUCUCUUCCCCUUCCACUGGGCUCUGCUCAACAUCCUGAGCUCAGACUUGACCUGCUCGACAGGAAAGUUUCCUGCCUGCAGCUGGCUGCCAUGAGGAAUGUGAACAUCAUCCUGCAGCACUACAACUUCACAGGCAAGCUGACCAACCGGCAGUCUGGGGACGAGGGCAUGGGUCUCGUCCGCACAACCUUUGCCAUCAUCAGCUGCAUCAUCAUCCUGGAGAACCUGCUUGUGCUGCUGGCCAUCCUGCGGUGUCUGCGAGCCCGCCGCUGGGUCUACUCCUGCAUUGCCAGCAUCACUGUGAGCGACCUGCUUGCAGGGGUUGCCUACCUUUCUAACCUCUGCCUCUCGGGCAAGAAGACCUUCCAGCUUUCACCUCAGCUCUGGUUCCUGCGAGAAGGCAUCCUCUUCAUCGCACUGGCUGCCUCCACCUUCAGCUUGCUUGUGACUGCCAUCGAGCGCUACAGCGCCAUGGUAAGGCCGAUUGCAGAGAACGAGGCCAGCAAGACCCUGCGCUUACGCAGCCUGAUCGUUUCCUGCUGGCUGCUGGCCUUCAUCAUUGGACUGCUUCCGCUGCUGGGCUGGAACUGUCUCUGCGACUUCAAUGCCUGCUCUGUCCUCCUGCCUCUCUACUCCAAGAACUACAUCCUUUUCUCCGUAGUCAUGUUCAGCAUCAUCCUCCUGGGGAUCAUCGGCCUCUACAUCUCCAUCUUCCAGCUGGUCCAGGCCAGUUCUAAGCAAACCAGCUCUCGGCACAGCCGCAAGCGGUCCCUGCGCUUGCUCAAGACCGUGCUGAUGAUCCUGGGUGCCUUCAUUAUCUGCUGGAGCCCCCUCUUUGUCCUGUUGCUCUUUGAUGUCUUCUGUGAGACCCAGACCUGCACACACCUACACAGUCUGGACUGGACCUUGGCUCUGGCCAUGCUCAACUCGGGCAUUAACCCCGUCAUCUACUCCCUGCGGAGCGUGGACGUGCGCCGUGCUGUGGGAAGCCUGCUGUGCUGCUGCUGUGUCAGGCUUGGGCUUUGCAAGCCUGGGAGCUGCUUGGUCAUCGCAGACAUCAACUCUGGCUCCUCCACAGAGAGCUCCCUGCGCUACCGGGAGAGCUUCCGCAGCUCUGUAGCACUGAACUCCCGGCCCAGAGCACCUCUCUCCAGCAACUCCAGCAUGAUGAGCAAUCUCCCCAGCCUCUGA